AUGGCGGACGGCCGACUGGCCGAAGCAGCGAGCGCGCUGCGCGCCGGCUCCCGCGCAGAAGGCGUGAGAGUUCGCGACAGAAGAGAACAUGAAUCAGCGCGCGUGUCCGCUUUGGUCCAGCUGGCCGCGCUGCAUUCUCAGAGGGGUCACUGGCACAAAGCGCUGUCAGCGUAUAAAGAAGCGCUGCAGAUUCUACCAGACACGAACGCGCCUAUCGUCGGAUGGACGCGGCAUAACGUGUUGUCAAUGGCUGGCGAGAUCUACGUUCAGCUGCAGCAGUGGCCGCAGGCUGAACAUAGCAUAUUGUCAGCGAUAGCAAUUGCGCCGGACCACGUGGAAACGCACCUCACACUGGCACAAAUACUCGCGAGAAACACGAGUAGGUCCAUGGAGGCAGAGAUGUGGUUCAAAAAGGCGUUAAUGUUAGCGCCGAACGACCCUUCGGUGCGGGAUCAGUUCGGUAUGUUCCUAAGAUCACAGCGAAGGCUACGCGAGUCAGCAGACCAACUCGUAGCAGCAGCGAAAUUAGCGCCGACUGACAGCGCUCGGGCUUCGUCCGCUGCGCGAGCGCUGCGGGACGCGCGCCGCUGUAGAUCUGCCGAGCGCUGGUACGCCAGAGCAGUGCAAUUAAAGCCCGAGGACGCAGAAUACCACUCAAACCUCGGUGCGAUUCUCCACCUUAACGGCAAGUACGCAGCCGCCGCCUCGUCAUACCGGAGGGCGCUGCAGCUCCAACCAAACGAUGAGAUCACCAUCACCAACCUGAAGAGAGUCAGGACCCUCAUGGGCAAGCAGCGGAGGAAAUAAGUUAAGUUUUGCGGAAUGUUGUAACGAUGCUCCUUUGUUUCCUAUAGCUGGACCGGGAAUUUCUUCGAAAACUAAUAAAAUAAAUUAAAACAUAAAUCAAAACAGAACUUUUUCAACGGAGCCUUUCAAGGCAAGAGUGAAUAGGCAAUUACAGGGCAGAUGUUUACCAUCCUAAACUGCAUCUCACUUAACACCAGGUGAGAUUGCGGUCAAAUACCUGCCUUGUUCUGCAUAAAUAAUCUCCAAAACUUUCAGGAUCGGUCCAAGAUCUCAUUAGUGAUUCCUAAACUUUAACAAAUAAAUUUAAAAAAAUCACUGAUCACUGAACAAGUUGUUCUGUUACGUAGUUAUGGAAUUUAUUAAAUAACACAUUGCUGCAAAUCUCAAACGGAGCGUGUAACUCCGCUAACUCAGCGGUGACCUACUUCCAGACCUAUAUCCAGUUUAGAGAUGAAUUUAAUGAUAUUAAAGUUAAUAUAAAUACUUUGUAACGUUUUAUGAAGUCCUAUUUCAACCUUUUGCUAACUUUGAAGUGAGAGCUGAAUAUUAAAAUGUUUCUUGACGUCCAAAUAUUGGAAACAAAGAAAGCAAAAACAGUACGUCAAUUGCCAAAACUAUUGAUAGCUUUCAAAGACGGUGUUGUUAUCAUAAAAAAUACCAAAAUAUUUUCCAGCUUUUUAUAAGUCUAAACAUUCCCUUUUGCUUAAAUUUCUAAUGUUUUAAAUACGAUAUAACAUGGUUAUUGUUAAAUUUAUGUUGAUUAAAUAAUAAUAUGAAUAAAACGGAAUUAAAAUGUUUGUAAAUCCAAUUUUUUAUGACACAUGAAAUCAUGUUGUCUUGUUACUAAAAUAUUAUAAUAAUGAAAAUUACUGGAAACAUCCAUAACUUUUCGUGAAUUUAACUAUCACAACAUACUUGGUUAAAAUGUGUACAUUUUAAUUCAAUUAUAUUAUUAUGUAAGUAACUGAUCAGGAAUUGCGUUAAUAUUAAGAGCCAUUUUACAUUUUCGUGCGAAAUUCUAAGAUUUUGGAAGCAUGAAUUACUAUCUUAAGCAACACCCAGAGAUUAUUUAAUAACUGCGAAAGAUAGGUCAAUCCUUGGUGUUGACCAUUAAUGAAACGGAUUUACUAAAAUUCUUUUGCUUAAUUCACAGUGCCCCAUCUCCCACAACCAUUUUACGGAAAAAUUGCCGCAGACUCAUUUUCAAAGUCCUGUAUCUAUUAUUUAUGCUCAUAUAAUAAGCUUAAAAAUAUAUAGUAAUCAUCGGACAUAUAUUCUUGUAGUCCAUUAAUGAAAUAGAUUCUUGAAUUUCAUUACCAUUAUUGAGUAAAAUCUAAAAAUAUUUUGGCAAAUUUGAAGAUUAACGUCACAUUUUGAUCGUGGUUUUUGGUUUAAUAACACAGCAAUAACUGCAAUAAAAGUAUCCCAAAAUAAAUAAUAUUCAUUGUAGAAUUGAUUUCUACAGUUAUUGUUUAAAUAUUAGUAACCACUUUGUCAAAAUAUUGAUGUGAAUAUCAGUAUAAAUUACAAUGCGCAAGCCGACAUCGAUUAGUAUGGCGCGAGCGCCCGUCAAGGCAGGACCUGUGUCAUUUUUCCCGCCGUGACGUUUACGUGCGUUCGUGUCGUAAAGCGGUGAUUUGUACGGCGACCAAAUACAUUUGAUACUAUGCCGAGAGGCUGUUUCGAGUCGGCCGGCCGAGCAGAAAUUGAAAUGAUGAAUUUUAAUUUCUUUGACGGAUCUGGGUGUAACUAUGUAUAAUAUGUAGGUACCAUGUAUUUAAUUUAAUAAAUAAAUUAUAAAAAAAUAUAUCCAUCCAUUAUGCUAGCACCCUUAACACAAGCAUAUUGGUUGCCUACUUUUGGACUAGAUGGCGCUGUGAAAUUGUUCAAAGAUUUGUUUAUUUAUUUAUCCGCUUUGAGUUUUGUUUCGUGAAGAAAAAAAAGAAGCGUUUUGUUUCGAGAGGGAAGCUUUGUUGUUAAAUCUAUAGUAAUAAAAGAGGAAAGAUUUGA